AAUGUCAUGUGCUUGAUUAAUUUACUUCAUGUUGCGAGUGAAUUCCUAAAACAGUCGAAAUGAAGAUGAAGAACCGCAUUGCUCAAUGCAUUUGUAUAAUUGGCAUCAUUUCGACAGUGUACAAUGAGGAGAGGGAAUGGGAUUCGUUUGUAUUGACUCUGACUUGGCCAGUCACGAUGUGUAAAUUUUGUAAUUUGGUUGACAAAAAGUGUGUUGUUCCUGCAAAGAUGUGGGAAAUUCAUGGUCUUUGGCCUGGUUACAGUAACGGUGAUUGUGCUCCACGGGGUUGCAGCAUAUCCCAUCCAUUCAAGGAAAGUGAAAUAAUGGUCUUGUUAGACAGACUAAACAAAUACUGGCCAAAUCAGCUGCCUGAUAGACCUCAGUAUGACUUCUGGAAACACGAAUGGGAAGCACAUGGUAGAUGUGCAACAAUAGUAGAAGAAACUGGCACAGAACUGAAGUAUUUUAACAAAACUCUCGACCUUCGUUUAAUCAAUGAUGUUGGCAGUAUGUUAUCAUCUGCUGGAAUCAGUCCUGGAAAAUCAUAUGAGCUGACAACGGUGGAGCGUGCUGUGAAAAGGAGAACAGGGGGACAGCCACUUGUCUUUUGUGGAAACACAGAGAAUACGACAUGGAUUUCGGGGAAAAAUCAUUUGUAUGAAUAAAGCUUUCAAAGUCACCGACUGCCCACAAUCAAACUGUAAGCCGAAAUCAUGGAGAAAAACCUUACCACCUGCUGAUCCGUGCGGAGAGAUGGUGUUUUAUCCGGAGAGCGUAAAAGAAAUACAUGUUAACUAAUGUUUGCUUUUUGGAUAUCAGGGUCAAGUUUACUUUAUUAUUUUGGAUGUUUAUUGAUUGAUUUUU